AUGAACCAAAACCACUACGGACUCCUCUAUAAACCUCCGCCGGCAGCCCCUCCCACAACCAGAAUUUCAUCACAUUUCCUCAAAUUGAAGCUGUUUCAGAUUCAUUUGUUUUGCAAAUUUUCUAACAGCGAAAAUAUCAGCAAAUUUUUGAGAUACAGUAUGGAUAACAACAAUCCUUCGCCAACGAGUAAGAAAUCACUGAAGAGAAAACGGAAGUUGAGCAAGAAGAAGAAGAAGGAAGCAACCGCUCAAGAGAAUAAGGUUUUGAACUGUAACGUGAUUUGUGAGUUUGAAAACUCUACCACAGAAGAUAGGCCAAAGGAUUUGUCAAUUCCUUCCAUUGGAAAAUCUGUUGGAUGUUUGAAGAAGAAGCUUCUUAUUCUUGACCUUAACGGGAUUCUUGCUGACAUAGUUUCGCACCGUUUCCCAAAGAAUAUAAAAAGAGAUGCAAUGAUAGGGAAGAAAGCAUUAUUCAAGAGGCCUUUUUGUACCUCUUUUCUGAACUUUUGCUUCGAGAAAUUUGACGUUGCUGUGUGGUCUUCAAGAAUGGAGCAAAAUGUCAACAGUAUCGUUAAUCAUUUGAUGGGAAACAUGAGUCAGAGGUUGAUUUUCUGUUGGCACAUUUCACAAUGUACUAAUACAAAUAUCAAAACUCUUGACAAAAUUGGCAAGCCGGUUGUUUUCAAGGAUCUGAGGAGAGUUUGGAAUAAGUAUGACCCUAAUCUUCCUUGGGAGAAGGGAUACUACAACGAAUCAAAUACAUUGCUUAUAGACGACUCACCCUACAAGGGUUUACUCAAUCCGCCAUACAAUUCAAUAUAUCCGCCAUCAUUUAAUUGUCGACAACUUAAUGACAAAUCACUAGCUGUUGGAGGUCUCCUGCGAAAAUAUCUGGAGCGAUUAGCAGAUGCUGAAAAUGUGUCGAAGUUUGUAGAGCAGAAUCCGUUUGGUCAAAAACGUAUCAGCGAGACAAGCGAAUCUUGGAGCUUCUACUUCAAUAUACUUCAGUCACUUAAACCUAAAGAUAGAAAAUCAGAUUGA